GGCUUCCGAUUUCUUCCCCCAAAUCGAUUGCAAUCCGCCGCCGCCGUCGCCUACCCUAAAACCUCCCCUCCUCCCCCAAUCCCACCGACGCCGCUCGUCUUCUCCGGCGGGUGCCUGCGUGUCCGCCUAGCAGUGGAACCGAAGAUGGAGAGGGAGAAAUCCACCCUCGCGGCGGCGUCCGCGGCGGCGAUCUCGGUGGUGCUCGGCGACUGCGACCUCCUCGCCGAGAUCUUCCUCCGCCUUGGGCUCCCCACCGACCUCGUCCGUGCCGCCGCCGUCUGCAGGCGCUGGCUCCGGGCCGCCUCCGACCCCGCCUUCCUCCGCUGCUUCCGCGACGUUCACCCGCCACGCCUCCUUGGGUUCUACCUCACCACCUUCUCCACCGACCAGAGGUUUCGCGCUGACUUCGUCCCGAUGCUGCCCCAGCCCCCGGAGCUCGCCGCAGUCGUCCGCCGCGGGGGGUUCGGAUUGGACUCGUACGUCAGCCGAUCCACGCGCGUCAUGGACUCCCGGGACUGCAGGGUUGUCGUCAACUUGUUCCGCGACGGCGACUUCACAUACGGAGUGCACAGUCCGCUCCAUCCAGCGAGAGGUUUCGUUACCUUCCCGCAGCUCCCGGCGAUGGAUGGCAGGAAAAUCUACAUUUUCCGUGAGAUCAUCUCCAGAGAAUGUGGCCAUGGGCGCCUGUCCUACUUCUGGUUUGAAUUGGAUUACAGCGGCAAGGAGGAGAAAGUGACAGCUCGCGUAUAUAAGUUGCAAGAUGAUGCCUGGAGCUUGCAAACUUCAGCUACAACACAGAUUUCUAGAUUUUAUUCAUCGACGUUGAAUGUGUUGAGUACGUUCCUAGUUGAUGACAAGAUCUAUAUGGGGAUCACUGUGCACUACAUUCUUGUGUUGGAUUUGAUGUCCUCAACUUUCUCCACAAUCAAGUACCCAGAGACAAUGGCCAGGGAGGGGCUCAAUGGAGAAAUUAUGUUGGCAAGGGCCGAUUGUUCUGGGGUUUGCCUUGUCCAUGUGGACGUGAGUGAGAUCCAACUUCAUGUUUGGCUUCACAGCGGUUGCGAUGGCAAUGCGGGGGACUGGUUGCUGGUCAAUACUAUUUCUUUGCGUGAUUUGUGCGCUAAUCUGAAGAUAUCAAAUAGCACCACUGAGGAUGAUGAUGAUCCCGAUGUUUUCAUACAUGCGGUGGGGGACAAUGGAGAGUUUGUGUUCUUGCAGAUGUAUGGAUGCGUGCUCUACUUGGAUGUUAGGAGUAGUGCAAUGCAAAAGGUGUAUGGCGUGACAGAUAGGAAUGCACGUGUGUCUUCGACCCAUCCCUUGUUGAUGGCCUGGCCUCCUGUCUUUCCUGUGCUGAAGGAAUGAUCCUGCUAAGGUAAAUGGCACUUCAACAUUCAAAUGGAGGAUUGAUACCUCGAUGCCAAGAAGUAUUCAUUAGCGAGAGAUACAAAGGAUGAGGUCCUGAUCUGUGGCUUUGAGUGGUGUCGAUUAAUAAUUGAUGACAGUGUCAUUUGGCUGUUAUGCGACAUUAGUACUACAGGCUAUUUGAAACUUUGGUCAGUACUUCUGCAGCUUACACAUUCUACUUUCAGCAAUGUACUAAUGUAUUUCCUUCCCAGAGUCAGCUUGUGCUUGUAAUUUUAUUCUAGUGUACAGGUCUAGAUUACCAUUUUCAAUUUCAGAUGUUGAAUCCUGGGUUUUAUGAUGUUGAGGUUGUGUGGAUUUUAUUUACUGUUAUUUUGUGGGGAGGGUUGUGUUGAAGUUGAGUGCUGUGUGCAAAGGUGCUAGCUAUAUGCAAGAAUUUCUGUCCAAGGAUUGCCCCUGCUUGAAUGGAUUACAAUUUGUGUC